ACAGCCUUCAAUUUUUCUCUGCAACGCAAACCCUCCUCCCCCUGCUGCUCAGGGUCAUUUGCUGGAAGCUCGGAGCAGCACACGGCUGAGCUCAGAAGUUUGGGAAUGGAUCUGGGAAGACUGAGGAGCUGGAGGUCGGAAGCCCUCACAAACCAGCAGGCUGGCACAUAUUCUGGGGUGGUUUUGAAUUCCAAAGCUCUCUGCUCUGCGAGGGAAAAAGCCAGCCCAGCAAACGCACUGAUACCUGGAGGCAUCUCUUUUGGAUUCAGCUUCUUUUAGCAAAGCCUAGCAGCGCUGCCUGACUCCCCCCGGGGAAAGUUCUUUGAGAAGGUCCUGAGAGCAGCAAGACACUGGUCGAAGGCGUGGAGGGGCGAGUCACUCACUCGCCUUCCCCUUUGGGGGCAAGGGAGUUGACCAAAUUGAUCAUGAGACUCUUCUUACACCUCCCAGGGAGGGCUUCUUAGGACACUGCCCCACCAGGAGAACUGGGGCUGUGGAGGGAAGCCCCCACCCGCACACACUGAGCGCAGUCAGUUCUGUAGGCGUUGGAGAUGGAGAAUGAAGUUGGGAAAUCUGUGGACAAUCAAAUGGAUAAGUACAUAGUUACAAUAAUGGGGAAAUCAGAAAGUCAAAUGGAUAUUGUGGAAAAAUCGACAAAAUCUGGGAAGAAAUCCUGGAGCUUUGUGAUCAUCGGUCUGUCUGUCCUGCUGCUGCUCAUGACCUGUGCGGUGGUCGCCCUGGUGAUCCUGUAUGCCAACAGUAGAGAUAUGCAGUAUGGCACCAAUUCAGACACCAUAUGCACUACUCCUGGAUGUGUUACAGCAGCUGCUAGAAUACUUCAGAACAUGGAUCCAACGACUGAGCCUUGCACGGACUUCUAUCAGUACGCGUGUGGGGGCUGGCUGAACCGGCACGUCAUCCCAGAAACCAGUUCCAGAUACAGCAUCUUUGACAUCCUGAGAGAUGAACUGGAGAUCAUCCUGAAAGGUGUGCUGGAGUCUCCGGAGCAGGGUGAUCGAGAAGCCUUUCGGAAAGCUAAAAUGCUUUACACUUCCUGCAUGAAUGAGAGCUUCAUAGAGCAGCGAGAUUCAUUGCCCCUGUUAGAGGUUUUAGCUAUGGUUGGAGAUUGGCCAGUGGCUUCGGCAGAUUGGAAUAUCACCAAAGAGCCAAAUUGGAGCAUGGAAGAAAAACUCUCCACACUAAACUCCAGAUUUAACAAACGAGUCUUCAUUGAUAUGUUUGUAUGGAAUGAUGACCGGGAUUCCAGCAGACAUAUCAUUUAUAUCGACCAGCCUAGUUUGGGAAUGCCGUCCAGAGACUACUACUUUAAUGGUGGCAACUACCAAAGAGUGCGGGAAGCCUACCUGCAAUUUAUGAUCACCAUUGCCAAAAUGAUCAGAGAAGACAAGAAUUUGGCGAAAGACGACAAUUUUGUCCAAGAGGAAAUGGCAAAGGUUAUGAAGCUUGAAACUGAGAUUGCAAACGCUACUGCUCCUGCAGAAGAAAGGCAUGACGUGACCUUAUUGUACAACAAAAUGACCCUAAGAGAGCUCCAGGAAAAGUUUGCAUUGAAUGAGUUUAACUGGACUCUCUUCAUCCAAGGCAUCAUGUCUUCAGUAAACGUUCAGAUCCACCUGGAUGAGGAGGUAGUUGUGUACGGCGCGCCCUACCUGCAGGAGCUCAAAGCGAUUAUCUCCAACUACUCAGCAAGCACCAUCCAGAACUACCUAGUCUGGCGACUGGUGAUUGACAGGGUCAGCAGCUUGAGUCGGCGUUUCAAGGAUGCCCGGGCCAACUACCGAAAGGCACUUUAUGGGACAACACUGGAAGAGGCCCGUUGGCGGGAAUGCGUGAGUUACGUCAACAACAACAUGGAGAAUGCGGUGGGAGCUCUGUAUGUCAGGGAGACAUUUGCUGGUGAGAGCAAGAGGAUGGUCCGAGACUUAAUAGACAAAAUCCGGGAAGUGUUCAUUGAGACGCUCGAUGAAUUACAGUGGAUGGAUGAAACAUCGAAAGAGAAAGCUCGUGAGAAGGCAAUGGCAAUUAAAGAACAAAUUGGCUACCCAGACUAUAUUUUAGAAGAUCAGAAUGAAAAACUGGAUCAGGAAUAUGCAAAUUUAAACUUCAGUGAGCACAAGUAUUUUGAAAACAGCCUGGAAAACCUGAGGGCUGGAGCCCAGAAGAGCUUGAAAAAACUUCGAGAGAGAGUUGACCAAGAUAUAUGGAUCAUUGGUGCUGCAGUGGUCAACGCGUUCUAUUCCCCCAACCGAAAUCAGAUAGUGUUUCCUGCUGGAAUCCUACAGCCUCCCUUCUUUAGCAAACAACAGCCACAGGCACUAAACUUUGGAGGGAUCGGGAUGGUAAUUGGACAUGAAAUUACUCAUGGUUUUGAUGACAAUGGAAGAAAUUUUGACAAAGAUGGAAAUAUGUUUGAUUGGUGGAGCAAUUUCUCAGCCAUGCAUUUCAAAGACCAGUCACGCUGCAUGGUUUAUCAGUAUGGAAACUACACAUGGGAGCUGGCUGGAGGGCAGAAUGUCAGUGGAAUAAGCACGCUGGGAGAGAAUAUUGCAGACAAUGGAGGAGUCCGACAGGCUUACAAGGCCUAUUUAAAAUGGCUGGAACACGAAGGGAAGGAGCCAAAGUUACCAGGACUCGACCUGACUCACAAGCAACUUUUCUUUCUGAACUUUGCCCAGGUAUGGUGUGGUUCCUACAGACCUGAGUACGCCAGCCAGUCUAUAAAGACAGAUGUUCACAGCCCUUUGAAAUACAGGGUGAUGGGAUCCUUGCAAAACUUUGAAGCUUUCUCUGAAGCAUUCCACUGUAAGAAGGGCACAGCCAUGCACCCUGUAGAGAAAUGCAGAGUGUGGUAGCCAAAACAAACAAUGAUGCUGAUGCUGAUAAUGCUUUGACUGCACAGUCUAAAAACUGAACUCGUGUGGCUACCUGCUGAACAGUUCUAGCCAGUGACGUGCCUGAUGUUUCCUGUGCAGUGACAGCCAAGGUUAAUGGUGCAGCUACUGUAGUCAGAAUUAAAGAAGCUACAGCUGUCGGGCUUUUGUGGUUCGGCUGGAACGUACGCAGGCAUCUCGCACGGUUGUCUGACCAGGCUGGAUUGAAAGCGACCAUGUGCUUCAGGAGAAAAAUGACUGUUUCAAAUGACAUCCUGACUGUUACGAUACCACAUCAGGGUUACAAAGACUAGCUCUUAAAAAAAAUAAAAGCAGCUUUAUUUUUCAGCAAGGAAUAUUCAUUUUAGUAUGUCUUACAACUAACGAAUCCUUUCGAGAUUCAGUAAGCCUGUCUGACUUUUCACUGAGUUAAUUCUUUUUCAAUAUUCUGAUUCAGUUUCUAGUGCACUUCUCCCAAACCCAACGGUAGAGCUAGUUAAACUUGUGUGCUGUCCACGUAACACUGUCUGCUCGCACCUCGCUGACUGCUUUGUUGUAAGAGAUUGUAAUUUGUCUUGAUAUUUUACAAGGUGAACUGUCUGUUAAAAUACCUACUUGGCUGCUGAGAUCAAGCAAAGCUGAACCACUGUUUUUGCACUUCUUGUUUUGCUCCGCUGGGCAAGUUUAACAUGAUCUCAGUGCAAUGAGAUGUAAAGAACUUUUAAAAGAGGAGAUUCUCUAGCAUUGCCACGUUCAGAAUUACAUGGGUCUCUUCCUCCCUUCAGAAAUAUAUUGAAGAGGAUGCUUAUUCUUCCAUUAAGGGUAAAUAUUUAGAAUGUUAGUGGCAAAAGCUUGUUGCUUAGUGUAAACAGCAAAACAUUUACACAGGGAAACAAUUAUCUAUUUUUAAUCCUGGGCUUUUUUAUUUUGCUAUAGUCUGCUUUUAAAGAUUGGAUGUCAUUACACUUUAAAAAUGCACAAGUCUGGUUAAUUUUUAUAUAAAUAAAACUUGUACUGCAGAAAACUGUUCAGGCAUUUAUCUGUAGAAACAGGUCUGGAUUGCUUUCUUCCACGAAUGCUAAAAUUUCAGAGUAACUAGUACUGAAAUGGUCAAUCCUUUAUAGUGGACUUAAACAUUCUUCAUUGAAAACAUUUAUUUUUGGUAUAUAUAUACACCACUGGAAAGCAGGAUACUACUUAUUCUUCAUAAUUUAACAUUGGGUAUUCCUUAUCUUAACAGAUGUCAAACCAAGUUAUUAAUUCACUUAGUAUCUAUGUAAUGCAUAAUUAAGAUUAAUUUUAUUUUUAUGGAAUGUGACUUACAUCCAGGAUCAGUAGCGUUUUGGUAAGAGUUCUAUUUUGUGGUUGAGGGUCCAUCGAGCAAGCAAGUUUCAUUAACAAAAUUAAUUAAUCCCCUCACCCCUUUAAAAAAAUUCUUAGAACAAUCUUCAAAUGUAAAGUCAUUGAGUUAAAAACAAAAGAAACUGAUGCAUGCUGGAAUUCACUUCAUUAAAUCAGCACUAAUUACCAGUAGCAGCUUUAUACUAGAGAGACGUGUCUAGUUGUCACUGAGCUAUUGUACUAUUUGACAGUAAUAGUGUGGUCUUACCAAAUGAAGUCUGGAUAAUAUUUGCAUGUACAUGUAAUACAUUACCUUCUCCUGGCAAAAUGAAGUUCAUCUAAAAAUUAAGAGCCUCUACUACAGCAGAGAAUCCCAAACUUAUUUAUUUUGAAUUUCUAGAUUAGAAGAGUUUAUUUAAUGACUAACCUAUCUGCCCUUAUCCCCUCCCUCCCCAACUCAGAGACCUCGUGCUUUCUCAGGGUCUAAUCUCUCUCCUAUGUACCACAAAGUCCAUGGGAGUGGUAUAUAGAAGAGAGAAAGCCUUUGUAGUAACAUGGGCAGUUGCCUUCCCUUAUGUCUGUAAGCACCUGGUGCCAUUAGUUAGGGCCUGAUCCUCAAGAUAAGGUGAUGGUGCUCAGCCCCACCUAGGACUGUCUAUGCACGCUGGUAUUGCAGGGGAUACAAACAAGGACAGGAUUAAGCCCUUAGGAACAUGCUGCUAUUCACUGAGCAUGGGCUGUUUUCAUACUUAGCUGUAUUACAUCCUGGAUCUCAAACAAGCAUGACCAUAUACAUUAGAGAUGCUUGCUCAGGCAGAGAUAGAGAGUGCAUACAUGAGACUGCUAUCUAAAGCUCCUGGUUUUGGUAUUUAUAUACACAUCAGCUGGAGAAAAUGGGGGUUUAGGACCCAACCCUGUACAGUGGUAGCUGGAGCAUUUACACCUAAAUGGGCUCUGCAACUAAGAAAUGAAAAUCUACAGCCAGAUUCAAGCCAUUAAGGAGGCUGGUAGAAUAAAAUGCCUCUGAAAAUCUGGCUUGAAGUGCCUAACUCCCCGCAAUGCAAGUUAUGAGCCUAAAUAUAUUUAAGGAUCUGGCCUUUAAAGCCUAGAGACCUUUGAAAAAUCUGGCCCCCACAUCUAGAGGCAUAAAACCAAACAGAUGAGUCUAGAAACAAGCUUUGCUAGCUUUUUUUUUGGAAAGAAAAUUUGCCUCCCCACAUCCUGCUGUAGGAUGUAUAAAACAAAACCUUCCUCAUUGAGUCAGUGACUAAAAAGUCUACUUACUGAAAUGACCGCUGCAGAUGCAGAACCUGGCCACCAGGCUCUCUCUGCUGAGGUCUCCUGCGGGGUAGUUUUCGGGGAAAAAAUCAUUUGGGCACCUCUGGGUUUUACUGAAGUUUAACAUAACACAUCUACUUCCCAUCAGCGAGUAGCUGAAGGCACUUGGUCACUUCCAAUGAGGUAGGGCUUGUUCAAUUAGCUUAGAUGGUAAAAUACUGGGCAUGGUGAAGCAUUCACCUACCAGGAUAAAAAUCAAUGUGUAUUUGGCAAGUUUCAAUUACCCUUAAUGUUAGGAACCUGGAUCUCAUUUUUUCUUAGCAGUUAGAUGUUCAAUUAAGAUAAAGCAGAUGAUUAAACACCACAAUGGUGGUUUAGUUGGAAGAAAACAGGAAGGAUAGCCCCUUCACUUGUUAAAAUUAAGCACCAAGAUAUAACAUGUUUGCUAACUCCUCAGUUAACAUGAAGUUCUUAUGCCUGGUGUAUAUUAAAUUAGAUUCCAUUUCUAAUCAGCACUUUGUGACUCAAUAUACAAUUGGAACCAUACAGCAUGCUACUGCAGCUACAGUUUAAAAAUUAACCAGAUCUCUUAAUCUCCCAUUUUAUGAAGUUCCAGGCCAAGUAUUCAGACCUUUUCUCCUCCCCACAAUUAGAAAGCUAUACCUGUACAAAGAUCAAGGCACUGGUAUAACACAGAAAAAGUCUCAGCUCUGCAUUACAACAGCUUGCAAAAUAUUUUCAUUCACCAUUAAAAAAAAAAAAAAAAAAAAAAACACAACAACAACAACAAAAAACAACUUCACCGCUUCUUUAGGACUUCGCUUUGAAGGUGGUAGAAGCCCGAGUGCUUUUCUGCUCCGAUGAUAAAUUAACCAGAAUUGCAUGGAUGAUGCAGGGUAAGAUUUGAGAUAUUCAUAUUCUGACAAGAGUAGAAGUUUCUAAAAAGAUCAGCUCUAGGAAUUAGUGGGGGGAAGCCCAUGGUUUGUGUUAUUGAGGAGGUCAAGACUACAGGAUUACAAUGGUCCCUUCUGGCCUUUGGAAUCUAUGACUAGGCAAUGUUUGCAAUUGGUCCUAGUUCAAAAGUUGUAACCUCUUCAGGGUAGGGACCUUCCCUUUGCAGAGUGCUAUGCAGUGCUAUGCAUUGCUAUGGCAAAGCAGAAAAAUUAUCACCCUCAAGUUUUGACAGAGAAGAUGCUGUAUAUGUUUUGCUGUGAUCACAGGAAGUUAACCUACAUCAUAUUUAAAUGUGCAGCAUUGCUGUGUACAAUAGUCAAGCUAGUCUUUCUCUGAGUGUUUCCUAUUUCUACACUGUUUUUAAUCAAGUGACUAAUUACAAAGGAGCGUUAAGUACUCUGAAAAAUCAGCUUAUUAAAUCAUUUGUGUACAGUUA